AGCGUUCAUGCUCUGAUUGUUCAGAUUCGCAUUUCUAAUUGAACACGGGAGAAGGCUGAAGAUCGGGACCGUAUUUGUUUCCGAGGAUUUCGAGCAUUCCAUAGAAUUAGAGGUUACUUCUGAAGGUUCAUUAUGAAAUGCAAUGCUUGCUGGAGGGCCACUUGAAGGGCGAGCUAUCUCCACAACUUGUGGUCACCUGUUGUGCACAGAAGAUGCAACCAAGAUCCUUAGCAAUGAUGGAGCAUGCCCCAUUUGUGAUCAAGUUCUUUCUAAAAGCCUCAUGAAACCUGUGGAUAUCAAUCCAAACGAUGAAUGGGUCAAUACUGGCUGGUUUCCGCUCCUGAAACUCCAGGGCCAAGAGAAGACAUAUGGCCGGCAAGACAAAACAGCGGGAACUCUAGUCACUUCGACAUCUCCGUUGGAUCACCGGCAAAACAAGCUGCUCCAAUGGCAAUGGAAGCUGGGAACAGAAGAGCUGGAGCUCACUCCGCGUCUGGAAGUGGAGCUGGCAACCCCUCCAUGACUCUACGCAACUUCAUUUUGUCCCCAAUCAAACGACCUCAGCUCUCUCGUCGCCCUCAAAUGUUCACAUUUUGAGAUGGAAGGUAGUGAGGUGACAUUUGGUGGCCAAAAGGGCAGAUCAAUUCGCUGGCUUUAAGGUUCUUUCUUCUUUCUUUUGGUAGUUUUGAAGCCAUUUUUUUAGGAUAACACUGAAGAAAUAGGAUGCAAUUUCUUUGUUCUUUUUUAUUUUUCCUUCUUGCGGUUCAUGAACCAUCUAAUAUUACGUAGAUUAACUUCCACCACUUAUAUACCCCCGAAAAGAUAUGAUAUAAAUGUGGCUGUAAUGACUUCACAAAAUGGCAGUACAAUGCCAGAGCAGAAUUUCUA